AUGGGUGGACUUGGUAAGACCACACUCGCCCAACAUGUGUACAAUGACCCAAAGAUCGACGUUGCAAAAUUUGAUAUCAAAGCCUGGGUAUGUGUUUCAGAUCAUUUUGAUGUUUUGACGGUGACAAAAACAAUUCUUGAGUCAAUCGCUGAUAAAAAAUAUGAUAGUGGGAACUUAAACAUGGUUCACAAAAAUCUGAAAGAAAAAUUGUCAGGGAAGAAAUUUCUUCUUGUUUUGGAUGAUGUUUGGAACGAAAAACGAGAAGAAUGGGAGGUUGUGCAAACUCCUCUUAACGACGGGGCUCCAGGAAGUAGAAUUCUUGUCACAACACGUGCUGAGAAAGUUGCUUCUAACAUGAGAUCUAAAGUGCAUCACCUAAAGCAAUUAGAAAAGGAUGAAUGCUGGAAAGUUUUUAAAAAGCAUGCACUAAAAGAUGAUGAUCUUGAAUUGAAUGAUGAGAAAAAGAAGAUUGGUAGAAGCAUAGUUGAGAAAUGCAAAGGAUUACCUCUCGCUUUGAAAACAAUUGGAUGCCUUCUCUACACAAAAGCAUCCAUUUCAGAUUGGAAAAGCGUAUUGGAAAGUGACAUAUGGAACUUACCAAAAGAACUUGGAAUUAUCCCUGCUCUGCUUUUGAGUUAUCAGCACCUUCCUUCUCACCUUAAGAGGUGUUUUGCUUAUUGUGCAUUAUUUCCCAAAGAUUAUGAAUUUGAUAAGAAGGAGUUAAUUUUAUUAUGGAUGGCUGAAGAUUUUCUCCGUCACUCUCAACAUAUCGAGAAUGUAGAAGAAGUUGGUGAACAAUAUUUCGAUGAUCUAUUAACAAGGUCUUUUUUUCUUCAGUCGAGUAUUAAAAUGCGAUUUGUCAUGCAUGACCUUUUGAAUGAUUUGGCAAAAUAUGUUGGUGGAAACUUUUGUUUCAUGUUCAAAUUUGAUAAAGGAGUCCGUAUACCCAAAACAACCCGUCAUUUUUCAUUUUCAAUUGAUAAUGAAGUAUAUGAUGAUGGUAUGGGGAGUUUAAUUGAUGCUAAAAGACUGCGUUCAUUUAUUCCAAUGACAAAUAAUAUUGACGGUCUUCCUUGUGCAUUGAUUCUGAUUGAUGAAUUGUUCUCCAAGUUCAAGUUUUUGCGCGUCUUAUCAUUGAGUGGAUUUGGUGAUCUUAUUACAGAGGUUCCUGAUUCUGUCGGUGCUCUUAAACAGCUUCGUUCGUUAGACCUUUCAUAUACUAAUAUACAAAAGCUACCUGACUCAAUAUGUUUGCUCUUUAACUUACUAAUAUUGAAGUUGAACUAUUGUUCAGAUCUGGAAGAAUUGCCCUCAAAUAUACAUAAACUCACCAAAUUGCAUUGUCUGGAAUUUGAAAAUACAAAGGUGACAAAGAUGCCGAUGCAUUUUGGAGAAUUGAAGAAUCUUCAUUUACUGGAUGCGUUUCGUGUCCAUAGUGAGUCCAGUAUUAAGCAGUUGGGAGGACUCAAUCUUCAUGGGAGCCUAUCAAUUUAUCAAGUGCAAAAUAUUGUUAAUCCUUUGGAUGCACUAGAGGCAAAUUUGAAAGAUAAACAGCUUGUGGAGUUAGGGUUAAUAUGGAAUUCAAAUCAUGUCCCUAAUGAUGCAAGGGAAGAAAAAGAAGUGCUUGAGAAUCUCCAACCUUCCAUUCACUUGGAGCAUUUGUCAAUCUGGAGCUAUCACGGUAUAGAAUUUCCAAGUUGGUUAUUUGAUAAUUCAUUAUCUAAUUUGGUGUUCUUAAGUCUGAAUAACUGUAAAAAUUGUCUAUGUUUGCCUUCCCUUGGAGAAUUGUCAUCUCUGAAGAACCUCGAGAUUGAAGGGCUUGAUGGAAUAGUGAGCAUUGGUGUUAGUGAUGGAUUUUAUGGGAGCAACUCUUCUUCCUUUGCGUCCAUGGAAAGACUAAGCUUCAGGAACAUGAAGGAAUGGGAAGAAUGGGAAUGUCCACAAGUGGAGAUGUUUGAAGAAGGAAGUUUGCCAUCAAAUUUAAAAGAGGUGUCUCUUUCAAGUUUCAGACUUAUAACCUCCCUGAGAGAGGCUUUGGGUGCCGAGCCUUGUCUUGAAAGGUUGUAUGUUGAAAAUGUGGAUACGGAGUAUUUUCCCGAUGAAGGUUUGUUGCCACCCUCUCUUACCUUUCUAAGAAUCUUUAAUUGCCCAAAUCUCAAAAAGUUGGACUACAAGGGUCUCUCUCACCUCUCCUCUCUCACAAUUAUUCGAUGCUUCAACCUUCAAUGCUUACCAGAAGAGGGUUUGCCCAAAUCCAUCUCUUUUCUUGAAAUCCGGUCGUGUCCAUUAAUCAGUGAGCGUUAUCAGAAUCCACAAGACCAAGACUGGAAAAAGAUUGCUCACAUUAAAGAACCGAUUAUUGUAUAA